GUCAGCGAGCUCGCGGAGAAGCUCGGGAAGGAUAUCUACAUGGACGUGAACGGCUGGCACCUGUUCCUGCGCGACGCCAAGUACGCGACGCCGCUGUCGAAGAUCAUCGCCGCGCGUCUCGCGGCGGACGGGAACCGCUACGACGAGGACGCCGCGCUUCAGCUUCUGCGGGAGUGCCCGGUGAAGAUCGGGGGUGGGAAGCAGAGCGUGAAGUUGUUCGACCUGAUGCCGCGCGUCGUCGUGGACGACUACCUGAAGAUCGUGGAGGAGUACGCG